CUGUCUCUUUAAAUGAGUGACUAGCGGGUGUCUGUGGUGAAACAGCGACUGAAGAGCAAGAGAACGGCAGCUGAUCGCCUCCAGAAACACAAAGGGACUUUACGACCAACGCUAUGGGUAUCAAACUGUAUUACACCACCGUCACUGCAUCGAGAGAGGUCAAGUCUCAGCAGGCCGAGGUGAUACGUAUUCUGGAAAGUAAGAGCAUCAAGUAUGAGUUGAUUGACAUCUCGGUGGGCGGUGCUGUUCGGGAUGAGAUGAGGAGUAAAGCGGGCAACCCCACGGCAAUCCCACCUCAGAUAUUCAACGAAGACCAGUACUGUGGGAACUACGAGAUGUUUUCUGAGGCGGUGGAGGCAGACACAGUGGAACAGUUUCUGAAGAUUGCAUGAGAGCCAAACCUGGUAGCAACCAUCAUCCUCUUCCCUUCCUUGGUCCAUGUCCACAUUCCCAAAGGGAGGCCUGCCUGUCCCCCUCUGCUCCGCUGGCGGUGCCUGCCUUCGAUGUCUCAAUGCCAUGCCACAUGCCAAAAAAACGGUCAACAGAAAAGCACAUACUUGCUCUGUACCACCAUAUUUACCCUCAAACUGAGACCUGUUCACUCUUUCAUUCCUUCAUGCUUUUGUUUUAAUGAUCUUGUUUAUUUCCUCUCUUGUGUCCUCUUUGGUUCCGACGUUUAAACGCCACUGAUUUGUCUUAAUCUUGUUUGGGUCAGAGCGCUUGAAUGUGUAGUAAUUAGGUCAUCUAAUCUGGGCAGCAACCCUAUGUUUAUUCCAGAUUGAAUUAAUCCACAGUCGAAGAAACACAGGAAUCAUUUUGUGUCCAGUAGUUGAAUCAGAUUGCCAAUUUGUAUAGAUGGCCUUCAUAUUUUCCCGCUUUUAGUACUGAUAAAUCAUUGGAUUCUAUAUUAAGCACACUGCUUUGUAUUGUGUCUUUUAGCAGUGUCGAAGCCACAGGUAUGCUCUCCGAGACAGAUUUCCAUUUAACAUUCCCAAAUUCAGGGACUGAAAAACGUUCCAUUGCGUUAAACUGUGCCAAUAAAUGUCUGUACGAAUGUGUUUUCCAUGCAAGCAUUUUCCUCUGUCCUCUGGGUACAAGUCUGAAAUAUCUAAGAAUCUGAAAAUCCAUUAUAAGGAUGAAUCCCACAAUGUUUUGGUCAUGUUUUAGCAAAAUAAGAAAUCAUAUUUUGCACAUUAAAAAUAUGAUUUAUUUUUGCAUUGUGAUAUUUCUUUCAUGACAGUUAACCUUUAAUGUAUUAGUAGUAUAUAUGAUACUACUAUUACAUAUAAAUGCUUUAACAAUUUUAAUCGAUCUACAUUGCUAUAACGAUAAUUCUGCUAAAUUGUCAUGAUGAUAAUUUCAAAAUGCAACAAAAAAGGCAUCAUUUUGCAAGAUAUAAUUUGUUAUUUUCAUCUUUUGGUUUUAGGAUGAAAUACGAUCCGGACACAUUCUUGACAGGCUCAAACAUAAAUUUAAUAGAAAAAUGAGAGAUCUGCUUAACUGCUUAACCCAAUGAGUGGGCAAUAUACUCCAACACUUUCCUGUUAUGCCGCAGAACUUCAUCUCAUUUCAUUUCUGGUAAUGCACUAAAUGUUGGUGUUUCUCUGAUCAGCAAUGCAAACCCUCCCUGAGCUCUUAAUUAGCUCAGUACUUCAGCUGCAACCAUGAAAUUCAUCAUCUAGUAGCCGAAUCACUCCAUACGGCAUAGUUGACAUGUACAUGCUGUUCCAUCAAGUGUCUAUUGCCAUCAAAUUGAGCUCACUGGAGGUUGUAGCAUUGGCAUUUCCAGCAGGUUAUCCUCUAGCAUGUUAUGUUGAUCAUAUUGGUACUUAAUUUUUAUACUGUAUACUUGGCACAGUCUUACAAUCUUGAUGUGAGUCGUGGUCCCACAUCUAACUCGUUUCAUCUGGCAUCGGUAAUGUCUGCUGCUCCCAGUUGGUCUUGUUUGCAGUAUAUGCAUCUAUUGUUGUCUGCGGUCAAAGUUGAGGAUGUGCGACCUGCACGCACAGACAGCUGGCUCAUGAAAUGAUUGUGAAUCUUCCUCUGUCAUUAUUGUUUGUAACGAUUUCUUGUGGUCUCUUUGUGCUGUACUGCUUUGCUUUUGGACCAACGCCCUUUUUGGCCAAAAUAAAAGAAUGAUCAUUAGGGAAAGAAAUGUUGUUGUCUUCCAAGAAGAUAGUGAAAUUGUGAUUUAUGGGUCAAAUAAAAAGUGCAAAAACAA